AUGUUGCCGUCAAAUGUGCCACAAUUACUCCUGACGAAGCUCGAGUCAAAGAGUUCAACCUUAAGAAGAUGUGGAAGUCACCAAACGGCACAAUCAGAAAUAUUUUGGGAGGUACUGUGGUUCCGUGAGCCGAUCAUUGUUAAAAAUGUCCCACGGCUGGUAAACACAUGGUCGAAACCAAUUAUUAUUGGACGUCAUGCACACGCGGACCAGUACAAGGCCACUGAUUUUGUUGUCCCGGGAGCUGGCAAAUUGGAAAUAAAGUUCGUACCUGCAGACGGUGGCGAAGAAAUUAAACAUGAAGUGUUUGAUUUCAAGGGGCCAGGAGUAUCGCUUUCAAUGUAUAACACUGAUGAAUCGAUCAGGUAC